GAUCAGAUCAGAGCUGAAGCUGCUGCUCGCUGUGUCUGUGUCGCGUGCAGGAAAACUUCUACAAGAGAAAUGACUCUGACCCGCUCCAAGAGACUGGCAGUUCAGCCUCCUCCGUCCACCAGGAUGAGUUUGAGGAGCUUCCGCAGUGUCCCCCUGGUUCCCAUGGAGUCCUCCUCCUCCUCUUCCUCCGAUGACAGCUGCGAUAGCUUCGGCUCAGAUGGAGGCUUUGCAAAUACGAGAAGCAGCUUGAGACAGACAAGGAGGACGGCACAGAAACCAGAGGUGCACACGUCAGAGGAGGAGACGUACAGUGCACUUGAGGAGGCUGGCAUCAGCAGGCAGAUGAAAUCCAUGAAAGUGGACUCUGAAGCUCCGAGACGAGGCCGCAGGUCCAACGUGCUGAAGGUUGCCAUGACGUUUCCCACCAAGAAGCAGCAGGGAAAGAAGAGGCCUGCGUCUGAGCCGCUCCCUCAACCCAAAGUACAGGACUCCGACUCUGAGGAGGAGAAGGACUUCAUCAACAAGAGAGCCCUGAAUAUAAAGGAGAACAAAGAAAUGCUUGCAAAGCUCAUGGCAGAGCUGAACAAAGUACCUGGACUCUUCCCGCAAAGAACAACAUCGUCUGCUUCCUCUACGCCCAGACAGGCAACCCGGCGACCAACCCCGAGGGCUCUCAGGAGAAACCCUGAGCGUCUGUCUCGACCCCACACACGAUCCCGCACGUUGGUGGACGGACCUCCCAGCCCAACUUCCGAAGAGGAGCCUGAGGAUAAGUUCAGCCUGGUUCGCAAAAGUCGCUACUUCGAGGAAUAUGAUGAGCCACCCCGUCGCCGUGUCUGCAACGGCAUGAAGGCCAUUCCUCACGUGGUGCGGUCCGUGGAGGACGUCACGGAGGCAGAGCUGCAGGGGAUCUGCCAGAAUGUGCGAGAGAAAGUUUACAACAGCUGCACUGGAUCCACCUGCCACCAGUGCCGCCAGAAAACCAUCGACACCAAAACUAAUUGCCGUAAUCCAGAGUGCCAGGGGGUGAGGGGUCAGUUCUGCGGCCCCUGUCUUCGCAACCGCUACGGAGAGGAGGUCCGAGACGCUCUGCUGGAUCCGGAGUGGCUGUGCCCGCCAUGCAGGGGGAUCUGUAACUGCAGCUUCUGUCGAGCCCGAGAAGGUCGCUGUGCCACAGGAGUGCUGGUCUACCUGGCAAAAUUCCACGGCUAUGACAACGUGCACGCUUAUCUGAAAAGCUUGAGAAAGGAGCUGGAGGAGAGCAGCGAAUGAAGCGUGGAGGAGGAAACUGCUCCUGGACCAAACUGACAUCAUCUGUGACCAUUUUGACAAACACUCAGUUUUACUAUUGUUCGGCUUUUCCAUAGUUACACGUUACUUACUGGUUGUGUUGAGAGUCAAAGUUUCCAUAGACUGUUGGUAAAGAUGGACGUCAGGACUAAUGAACUAAAAGAUGGUUCCUGUCAUUUCAGUCAUCGUCACUUAGAUGUCUGUACAAAUGUUCAUUUCCGCACAAGUUAAGUUCAUUUUCUUAUUUGAUUACUCACUUUUAUUGACAGCUAAAACUAAUUCAUGACUGGUCAAGCACAUGUACUGACAGGACCUCACUAUGGUGGUUUCAUUUCUAAAUUGAGGGGGGAAGUGAAGUUGGCGUCCAACUUUAUUUACAGUCUUGAAUAUUUAAAUUUCUGAUUCUCUCAUUUUUAACUGACAUCCGAAGAAGGCUCAGCCUGUUCUCUCCAUUUUAAAGCUUUUAUUUUUUUCAUAUUGUCUUCUGUUGUCAAAAGCUGAUUGCCUACAUUAAAGCUGCUUUCAGACAUGCACUGAACUCCUCUGUAUUUUCACUGGAGGAGGUGCAUGUGUGAACGCUCUGCAGUUUCUGUUGACUUUCUCCUCCUCUUCCGAAGCAGGACAAUGUCUUAAAGGUUCAGUGUGUAAGAUUGAGGGAUCUACUGGCAGAAAUUAUCGGAAAAUAACCCUAAUAUGUUUUCACUAGUUCAUUUCAUCUAAAAUGUAUGAAUUGUUGUUUUCCUUCCCCUAGAAAAGACCCUUUCUGUUUAAAUACUUUGUAUUUACAUUGAGGGGACCCUCUCUACGGAGGCCGCCAUGUGAUUUACAAUCGUCUAAACUGGACAAACUAAACACCUUUUGAGUUUUUAUGACAACUGAAGGCUACCACAGAUUCUCUUCAUGCCAGAUUCUCUUCAAGCCAUGUUUGGAAGGGGAGGGUGAGGUGACUUCACCACUAGAUUUCACUUAAUUGUACACACUGAACCUUUAACCUCAAAUGGUUGGCUGCGGUCACAAAUGUUCAGAUCACUUCAUUUUGCGAGUUGUACAUAUUCCCUUUUCUCUGAACAUGUUGGGAAAAAAAUACACAUAUGUAUAUACCUGAAUAAUCCCAUUUGCGAGAACACGUCCGGCUUGUUUGAAUGAUCUACUGUAUUUGACAUUGUUUUAAAUGUAAAUGUUUUCUCAGCCCGACAAUUGAAUUUGCUUCCAAUGGAUCCAUCUUUGUGCCUUUUUGCUAAUCGGCUUGUGUUUUUUACAAGUCAUUAAUCCUUUUUGUAAAAUGUACGAGGGAAAAAAAACGGUUUGGUGGGGACGUCCUGAAGAAAUGACCCAAUGAUCUGCGAGCUACUGAGGUGGUGCAGGUGUAAAGGGCACAGACCGGGGUCCACUGCCUCUUCCUUCUAAACCACCAGCAACUGUGUGAUGUACUACAGCGCCUGGUUAAAUAUCCUUCAUUAGAUAACUGUCACUAAUGGUGUGGAAACAAUUAGCACGCACUCUAAUGGGAAUCUCAUACCUGUAAAUCAUUUGAUCCUGUUUAAAGUACGUCCUCGCUCUGCUUCAGUCUCUUUGGCUCAUUUUCUGCCUUCCACUGUUAAGUAGGAACGGUUGAAGGUGGCAAUAGAGUUAUGGCCCGGUUCUGUUCACAAGUGCAAUUCUCCACUCGAAAUGACGUGGAAUUAACCUCUGUGUCGUCUUUUUGAAACAUGCUUCACUUGUGUAAAACCUGCAGCAGGACCUGCUCUGAUCAGUGGGCGAGGUUUCUUCUUUACUGUAAGAACACAUCUCACUCCUGCUUGUGUUUAUGAGGCAGGAAGAGUGAUGCUCAGCUAUCGAUGGGAAUAUCUGUCACCGUGACGCUUGCUUUGUGCUUAUUGGGUUAACUGUACAUUUUCAUUAAAGCGUUAAUCACUGCACAAUCAUGUUA